AUGUUCAAGAUUGGAGAGUGCUCUUUUGAAAGAGAAUUAGUUCCCACUCGUCUUUUCCUUGUCUCCCAUUCUGAUCAUUGCAGAUUGUUGUUACAGGAAUCAGUGUCAUUCGAGGAUGUGGCUGUGGAUUUUACCCAACAGGAGUGGCACAGACUGGACCUUGCUCAGAGGACCAUGCACAAGGAUGUGAUGCUAGAGAACUACAGCAACCUGGCAUUUGUGGGCCUCUGCGUGGCCAAACCAGAGAUGAUCUUCAAGUUGGAACGAGGAGAAGAGCUGUGGAUAUUAGAGGAGGAAUCCUCCAGCCAUAGUUACCCAGGAUCUCUCUCACUGCUGUGUGGAAACAAUUCUGUUGGGGGUAAUGCCCUCAGGCAUGAUGAGAAAUUUCUUCAGCCUCAGAAGAUUCAAACUUUGGAUCGAACUGUUGAAUAUAAUGGAUGCAGGAAAGUCUUCCAUAAGAAAACAGGCUUUGUUAGACAUAAGAGAAUAUAUACAGGAGAUAAAAACUUUGAAUGUCAUGAAUGUGGAAAAACUUACUGCAGGAAAUUGAAUCUGAUUGAACAUCUGAGAAUACACACAGGGGAGAAACCCUAUGAAUGUGGUGAAUGUGGAAAAACCUUCAGUGUAAGAUCAUACCUCAUUGCUCAUUCGAAAACCCAUACAGGGGAGAGGCCCUUUGAAUGUAAUGAAUGUGGGAAAUCUUUUGGCAGGAAGUCACAACUCAUUCUACAUCAGAGAACUCACACAGGAGAGAGACCCUAUGAAUGUAAUGAAUGUGGAAAAACCUUUUCUGAGAAGGCAACUCUCACGAUUCAUCAGAGAACUCACACUGGGGAGAAACCCUAUGAAUGUAAUGAAUGCGGGAAAACAUUUCGUGUCAAGAUAUCCCUUACCCAACACCAGCGAACUCACACAGGGGAGAAACCCUAUGGGUGUGGUGAAUGUGGGAAAACCUUCCGUGCAAAGAAAUCCCUAACUCAACAUCAAAGAAUCCAUACAGGUGAGAAACCCUAUAAAUGUGGUGAAUGUGGGAAAUUCUUCAGAAUGAAGAUGACUCUCAAUAAUCAUCAGAGAACUCACACAGGUGAAAAACCCUAUCAAUGUAAUGAGUGUGGAAAAUCUUUCAGGGUGCACUCAUCUCUUGGUAUACAUCAGAGAAUUCAUACAGGAGAGAAACCUUAUGAAUGUAAUGAAUGUGGUAAUGCCUUCUAUGUUAAAGCACGCCUCAUUGAACAUCAGAGAAUGCAUUCAGGAGAGAAACCCUAUGAAUGUAGUGAAUGUGGGAAAAUCUUCAGCAUGAGGAAAUCCCUUUGUCAACACCAGAGAACCCACACAGGAGAAAAACCUUAUGAAUGUAAUGAAUGUGGAAAUGCCUUCUAUGUAAAAGUACGUCUCAUUGAACAUCAGCGAAUUCACACAGGAGAGAGACCCUUUGAAUGUCAAGAAUGUGGGAAAGGUUUUUGCCGGAAAGCACACCUCACAGAACAUCAGAGGACUCACCUAGGCCAGUCCUUAUCUUGUACAUUUGAGAAAGCCUCUCCCUGAAGACUCCCUUCACCUUUUGGUCAAACCCCUUGUGACAUCUGAUCACCAGGGCACAUGGACAAAGUGUACCUGUAAGAAUUUGGCACCUACACUGAUAUGAGAAAAUGUCCUGAUCCCCUUAUGGAAUAGCUCAUUGUUGUUUUCAUUUGGAUUUCCCUAACUAGUGGUGAGCUUGAACAUCUUAUUUGUUGAUUGGCUACUUGGUUUUUUUCUAUUCACACCUUUUGCUCAUUGUUUUCUAACAGGUUGAUCAUCUUUGCUUCUUGGUUUAAAUGUUGUUUCUUUUUUACUACAUGUGAAUAUAAAAGUCCUUUGUCAUUCAUGUGUUGCAAAUAUCUUCUCCUGGACCAUGGCUGGUUCUUUAGUUUUGUUUUCUUUUCUGCUGAUGUUUUAUGUUUUAAUAUUAUCAAUUUCAAAGUGAUAAUAUUCUCCUAUACUUUCCUCUAAAGUUAUGGUUUUCCUUUCAAAAUUUAGAAUUUUAAUCUACCCUGAGUUUGUGUGUGUGUGUGUGUGUGUGUGUGUGUGUGUGUGUGUAAUGUGAAGUCUUCAAUACGUUAAUACUAUAUUAUCUUUUAAGAAAUACAUGUAAAUGGCAUCACACUAUGUUUAAAAUUCUGCAGGUUGCUUUUUUCAUGUACUGUUACCAUUCCAAGAUCUAUUUAUGUUGCUAACUAUAGGUUUGGUUUCUUCAUUUAUCUCUCCAUUCCCCUAGUAAUGCACAUUUGUAUCGUUUCUAUGUUCAGCAGCUAAACCUAGAAGUGGAACUGAUGGGUCAUAAGGUGUAGGCAAUGUGCCAGUUAUUAAGCUAUUUCUCUCACUUCCAAACUCAUCCACUCUUCUGUAUUGUGGUCUGUAAUGCUGAGGCUGUGACUCUAUAAACCAUAUGUAUUUAGCAAUUUCUCUUGCUAUUUCUUCUUUAACCCACUGAUUGUUUAGGAGUGUGUUGUUUAACCUCCAGGUAUUUGUGA